AGGCAGGCAGGGGGAAGGGGAGCGCAAGGCAGGCUUGGGAGGUGGAGGCCCCUGAUGGAGCCCCAGCCCUUCUCGCCCAGCCUCAUUGCUGCCCUGUCUCUGUCUCGAGUCCCCACCCUGCCCCAUUCCUGGCCCUGGCCCUGCCCAGGGCGGCAUCUUUGAGGCUGUUAGUGGCAGGAAGAAGGCUGGAACAGGGGCCUGGCUGGGGUGGACCUUGGCCCCGGCUCCUAGUUUCCAGCAGUCCUGGACUCCCCGUGCCCACCUUCCUGGCUGUUCCGGGAUCACAUACCGUGUUCCUCUGCAGAGUAGCAGCCCCGUUCCCGCAGGCAGGAGCCACCUGCUCACUGCCGCGUCCCCAGAGCCCAUACCCAGCAGGGUUUCAGCACGGUGCUUGGCCUCAGGGUAGCUUCUGGGCCCGGGGCUUCUGAAGAGGCAGACAGUGUUUCCAGUGGCUCCGGGCCCGGGGAGGGGCGGCAGAUGUGUCAAGUGUGGCGUGCCCUUGGGCACACGACUGGAGGUGUGCCCAGUGCGGGAUCACAUUUGGAUUAGGGAGCUUCUGGUGCCUCCUGAGGUUCUGGAGGCUGCUGGGCUGGACAGGCAGAGCAAGAGGGUUGCCCUGAAUCUUAUGCCAGGCUCAGAGUCCAGGCGUGGAGACCAAGGUGUACCUUCACUGGGGACGGAUGUAAGACGUGGCAGAGUCCUGGGGGCUGGCUGUGUCCCUUGGCUUGGGGUGGGUUUCCCAUCUGGGGGACUUGGGCACCCCCAUUGUGGGGGUUCUGGUGCCCCUCACGGCCUCAGGGUCAGUAGGAAUGGGGUGGGGUGAGCUCUUCCCAGAACCGAGGCCGUGCAGCUCCCAGCUGGACCGAAUCAGCCUGAUGUGGGCCUGAACAUUCUUGCGGUUGGAGCAGCACAUUCUUUCCUAUGGCGGUUGGGUGGGCUGGGCAGGCCCAGAAGCUGGCCAGAGGCAGCUCCGCCCUGGACCCCAGGGAGCCAGAGGCCCCAACUAGCACAGGCCCUUUUCCCUUUACAGCUGAGGCUGGGUCCCUCGAGCCCCACCCAGAUGCAAACAGCAUCCCCUACCCCUGGGGUCACCCAGGUCCUGCCCCAGGUGUGGCUUCCCUUCUGUGAGUCACUGGCCUGGGACCCCUCCCCAUCCCUGACUCAUUGGCUGGGCCCCUCCUGGGGCUUCCCGCUGCUCCAUCCCCCCACAAAGCCCGGCCCCCAUGAGUCAGCCCUCAGCUACGUGCCUCCGGCCUGAGGUGUGCUGCCAGUCUGCCUGUGCCAGGGUGGGCUCCUGAGGCAGGCAGUGCUCCAGGACGUGCUGGGGGGCAGCUUGGGAGGGGCCAGGCCUGGUGUGGGACCCCAGUGGCCCUGGGGCAGGAGCCUGGUGGGCACAUGGAGUAGGGUGUGGUCCCAGCUUCCCUUUGUGCAGGUCUGUGAGGAGGUACGAUGCUGGAGCUACCAGAGCAGAUGGGCAGCAGGCCCCCUCCCCUAGCCAGGUGGAGGCUUCCUGAGUCCACCCCGGCGGGGUGGGUGGGCAGAGGCUGAAGCAGGGCCUAGAGGGAACUCUAAAGAGAGGCGUGGCCUCGGGGCCCCUCCCGGGGGAGCCCCUCCCACUGUUGUGGGGGGUCCUUCUGGGUGGCCGUGGGGAUGGCCUGUGGGCCUUUACUGUCCUGGCACCAGUUAGCGUGCAGUGAAGGGCCAGGUCCCCUGUACCCCCAGGUCCCCCUAGGGGGCUGCAGUGGGCAGGAUGGGUGAGGAAACUCCGGUUUCCUGUUUCUGGUGGGCCGAGGGCGUGACCAUGGGGGAGGGGCUCCUUGCUUCUUCCCGCCGGGACACUCCCCUCCCUGGCGGUGUGGGGUGGGGCCCCGGGGGCGGGCCAGCCUCUCGGGGAGUACAGCAGUCAGGGAGUGGCCACACCGACUCCAGCUCUGAGCUGAGCCUGUGCCGAUUGAGCGUCUUGUAGGGCCGAUAGCCUUCAGCUGCCUGUGUGCCACGCGGGGCUGCCCAGAGCACUGUGCCUGAGGCUGAGGGUCCGGGUGACGAAGGUGUGGGGGCGGCACCAUGUCUCAGUACCAGCUCCGCGUGCCUGAGCCUGAAGGCCUGGGCCGAAAGAGAACCAGCUCGGAGGACAACCUGUACCUGGCUGUGCUCAGGGCCUCUGAGGGCAAGAAAGAUGAGCGGGACCGUGUGCAGAAGAAAACCUUCACCAAGUGGGUCAACAAGCACCUCAUCAAGCAUUGGAGGGCAGAGGCACAGAGGCACAUCAGUGACCUGUAUGAAGACCUCCGCGAUGGCCACAAUCUCAUCUCCCUGCUGGAGGUCCUCUCGGGGGACAGCCUGCCGAGGGAGCGGGACGUAACCAGGAGCUCACGCCUGCCCCGGGAGAAGGGGAGGAUGCGUUUCCACAAGCUGCAGAAUGUCCAGAUUGCCCUGGACUACCUCCGGCACCGCCAGGUGAAGCUGGUGAACAUCAGGAACGAUGAUAUUGCCGACGGCAACCCCAAGCUGACCCUUGGCCUCAUCUGGACAAUCAUUCUGCACUUCCAGAUCUCAGACAUCCAGGUGAGCGGGCAGUCAGAGGACAUGACGGCCAAGGAGAAGCUGCUGCUGUGGUCGCAGCGCAUGGUGGAGGGGUACCAGGGCCUGCGUUGUGACAACUUCACCUCCAGCUGGAGAGAUGGCCGCCUCUUCAACGCCAUCAUCCACCGGCACAAGCCCAUGCUGAUCGACAUGAACAAAGUGUACCGGCAAACCAACCUGGAGAACCUGGACCAGGCCUUCUCCGUGGCGGAGCGGGACUUGGGAGUCACUCGACUCUUGGACCCUGAGGAUGUGGACGUCCCUCAGCCCGACGAGAAGUCCAUCAUCACCUACGUCUCGUCCCUGUACGACGCCAUGCCCCGCGUGCCGGACGUGCAGGAUGGGGUGAGGGCCAACGAGCUGCAGCUGCGCUGGCAGGAGUACCGGGAGCUGGUGCUGCUGCUGCUGCAGUGGAUUCGGCACCACACCGCCACCUUUGAGGAGCGCAGGUUCCCCUCCAGCUUUGAGGAGAUCGAGAUACUGUGGUGUCAGUUUUUGAAGUUUAAAGAGAUGGAGCUCCCAGCCAAGGAGGCUGACAAGAACCGCUCCAAGGGCAUCUACCAGUCCCUGGAGGGAGCGGUGCAAGCAGGCCAGCUCAAGGUGCCCCCUGGCUACCACCCGUUGGACGUGGAGAAGGAGUGGGGCAAGCUGCACGUGGCCAUCCUGGAGCGGGAGAAGCAGCUCCGCAGCGAGUUUGAGAGGCUGGAGUGUCUUCAGCGCAUCGUGAGCAAACUGCAGAUGGAGGCGGGGCUGUGUGAGGAGCAGCUCAACCAGGCCGACGCCCUGCUGCAGUCGGAUGUCCGGCUGCUGGCCGCAGGCAAAGUGCCGCAGCGGGCGGGAGAGGUCGAGCGGGACCUGGACAAGGCGGACGGCAUGAUCAGGCUGCUGUUCAACGACGUGCAGACCCUCAAGGACGGACGGCACCCGCAGGGCGAGCAGAUGUACCGCAGGGUAUACCGUCUGCACGAGCGUCUGGUAGCCAUCCGCACCGAGUACAACCUCCGGCUGAAGGCAGGCGUGGCUGCCCCUGCAGUCCAGGUGACCCAGGUGACUCUGCAGAGGCGCCCCGAGCCGGAGGACUCCACCCUACGCUACCUGCAAGACCUCCUGGCCUGGGUGGAGGAGAACCAGCACCGUGUGGAUGGUGCUGAGUGGGGCGUGGACCUGCCCAGUGUGGAGGCGCAGCUGGGCAGCCACCGAGGCCUGCACCAGUCCAUCGAAGAAUUCCGGGCCAAGAUCGAGCGGGCACGGAGUGACGAGGGCCAGCUCUCCCCCGCCACUCGGGGCGCCUACCGUGACUGCCUGGGUCGGCUGGACCUGCAGUAUGCCAAGCUGCUGAACUCCUCCAAGGCCCGCCUCAGGUCCCUGGAGAGCCUACACAGCUUCGUGGCAGCUGCCACGAAGGAGCUGAUGUGGCUGAACGAGAAAGAGGAGGAGGAGGUGGGCUUCGACUGGAGUGACCGCAACACCAACAUGACCGCCAAGAAGGACAGCUACUCGGCCCUGAUGAGGGAGCUGGAGCUGAAGGAGAAGAAGAUCAAGGAGCUCCAGAGUGCCGGGGACCGGCUGCUGCGGGAGGACCACCCGGCCAGGCCCACGGUGGAGUCUUUCCAGGCAGCCCUGCAGACGCAGUGGAGCUGGAUGUUACAGCUGUGCUGCUGCAUCGAGGCACACCUGAAGGAGAAUGCCGCCUACUUUCAGUUCUUCUCAGACGUGCGGGAGGCCGAGGAGCAGUUGCAGAAGCUGCAGGAGACGCUGCGCAGGAAGUACAGCUGUGACCGCUCCAUCACUGUCACUCGGCUGGAGGACCUGCUGCAGGAUGCACAGGACGAGAAGGAACAGCUGAAUGAAUACAAGGGGCACCUCUCAGGCCUGGCCAAGCGGGCCAAGGCCAUCGUGCAGCUGAAGCCCCGCCACCCAGCUUACCCCGUGCGGGGCCGCGUGCCCCUGCUGGCUGUGUGCGACUAUAAGCAGGUGGAGGUGACCGUGCACAAGGGUGAUGAGUGCCAGCUGGUGGGCCCUGCACAGCCAUCCCACUGGAAGGUGCUCAGCAGCACCGGCAGCGAGGCCGCCGUGCCCUCUGUGUGCUUCCUGGUGCCCCCGCCCAACCAGGAGGCUCAGGAGGCUGUCACCAGGCUGGAGGCCCAGCACCAGGCCCUGGUCACGCUGUGGCACCAGCUGCAUGUGGACAUGAAGAGCCUUCUGGCCUGGCAGAGCCUUCGCCGUGAUGUGCAGCUCAUCCGCUCCUGGUCCCUGGCCACGUUCCGCACCUUGAAGCCAGAGGAGCAGCGCCAAGCCCUGCACAGCCUGGAGCUGCAUUACCAGGCCUUCCUGCGGGACAGCCAGGACGCCGGUGGCUUCGGGCCCGAGGACCGGCUGGUGGCCGAGCGAGAGUACGGCUCCUGCAGCCACCACUACCAGCAGCUGCUGCAGAGCCUGGAGCAGGGCGCACAGGAGGAAUCUCGCUGCCAGCGCUGCAUCUCGGAGCUCAAAGACAUCCGGCUGCAGCUGGAGGCCUGCGAGACGCGCACUGUGCACCGCCUGCGGCUGCCCCUGGACAAAGAGCCGGCACGGGAGUGUGCCCAGCGCAUUGCGGAGCAGCAGAAGGCGCAGGCAGAGGUGGAGGGGUUGGGCAAGGGGGUCGCCCGGCUCUCUGCCGAGGCUGAGAAGGUCCUGGCCCUGCCAGAGCCAUCGCCUGCGGCCCCCACGCUGCGUUCGGAGCUGGAGCUGACGCUGGGCAAGCUGGAGCAGGUCCGCAGCCUGUCUGCCAUCUACCUGGAGAAGCUCAAGACCAUCAGCCUGGUGAUCCGCAGCACGCAGGGGGCGGAGGAGGUGCUCAGGGCCCACGAGGAACAGCUCAAGGAGGCCCAGGCUGUGCCGGCCACUCUCCCGGAGCUCGAGGCCACCAAGGCCUCUCUGAAGAAGCUGCGGGCCCAGGCUGAGGCACAGCAGCCCGUGUUCGACGCCCUGCGGGAUGAGCUGCGGGGGGCGCAGGAGGUGGGGGAGCGACUGCAGCAGCGGCAUGGCGAGCGGGAUGUGGAGGUGGAGCGCUGGCGGGAGCGGGUCGCCCAGCUGCUUGAGCGCUGGCAGGCCAUUCUGGCCCAGACCGACGUGCGGCAGCGAGAGCUCGAGCAGCUGGGUCGCCAGCUGCGUUACUACCGCGAGAGUGCAGACCCGCUGGGCGCUUGGCUGCAGGACGCCAGGCAGCGGCAGGAGCAGAUCCAGGCUGUGCCGCUGGCCGACAGUCGGGCUGUGCAGGAGCAGCUGCAGCAGGAGAAGGCCCUGCUGGAGGAGAUUGAGCGCCAUGGCGAGAAGGUCGAGGAGUGCCAGAAGUUUGCGAAACAGUACAUCAACGCCAUCAAGGACUAUGAACUCCAGCUGGUCACAUACAAGGCGCAGCUUGAGCCGGUGGCCUCCCCAGCCAAGAAGCCCAAGGUCCAGUCCGGGUCGGAGAGUGUCAUCCAGGAGUACGUGGACCUGCGCACACGCUACAGCGAGCUGACCACGCUCACGAGCCAGUACAUCAAGUUCAUCAGCGAGACUCUGCGGCGCAUGGAGGAGGAGGAGAGGCUGGCUGAGCAGCAGCGGGCAGAGGAGCGUGAGCGGCUGGCAGAGGUGGAGGCCGCGCUGGAGAAGCAGCGGCAGCUGGCCGAGGCGCAUGCCCAGGCAAAGGCACAGGCGGAGCGGGAGGCGAAGGAGCUGCAGCAACGCAUGCAGGAGGAGGUGGUGCGGCGGGAGGAAGCCGCGGUGGAUGCGCAGCAGCAGAAGCGCAGCAUCCAGGAGGAGCUGCAGCAGUUGCGGCAGAGCUCGGAGGCAGAGAUCCAGGCCAAGGCCCGACAGGCAGAGGCGGCAGAGCGUAGCCGGCUGCGCAUUGAGGAGGAGAUCCGCGUGGUACGCCUGCAGCUGGAGGCCACUGAGCGCCAGCGUGGUGGGGCUGAGGGAGAGCUGCAGGCGCUGCGUGAGCGGGCAGAGGAGGCUGAGGCGCAGAAGCGGCAGGCGCAGGAGGAGGCUGAGCGCUUGCGGCGGCAGGUACAGGACGAGAGCCAGCGUAAGCGGCAGGCGGAGGCAGAGCUGGCCCUGCGCGUGAAGGCUGAGGCCGAGGCGGCACGUGAGAAGCAGCGGGCCCUGCAGUCGCUGGAGGAGCUGCGGCUGCAAGCGGAGGAGGCAGAACGGCGGCUGCGGCAGGCCGAGGUGGAGCGAGCGCGACAGGUGCAGGUGGCCCUGGAGACGGCGCAGCGCAGCGCAGAGGCAGAGCUGCAGAGCAAACGCGCCUCCUUUGCAGAGAAGACGGCACAGCUGGAGCGCUCCCUGCAAGAGGAGCACGUGGCAGUAGCGCAGCUGCGGGAGGAGGCCGAGCGGCGGGCACAGCAGCAGGCCGAGGCCGAGCGCGCGCGUGAGGAGGCGGAGCGGGAGCUGGAGCGCUGGCAGCUCAAGGCCAAUGAGGCGCUCCGGCUGCGGCUGCAGGCGGAGGAGGUGGCGCAGCAGAAGAGCCUGGCACAGGCUGAGGCCGAGAAGCAGAAGGAAGAGGCGGAGCGCGAGGCGCGCCGGCGCGGGAAGGCGGAGGAGCAGGCUGUGCGGCAGCGGGAGCUGGCCGAGCAAGAGCUGGAGAAGCAGCGGCAGCUGGCGGAAGGCACUGCGCAGCAGCGGCUGGCGGCGGAGCAGGAGCUGAUCCGGCUGCGGGCGGAGACGGAGCAGGGGGAGCAGCAACGGCUGCUGCUGGAGGAGGAGCUGACCCGGCUGCAGCGUGAGGCGGCCGCGGCCACGCAGAAACGACAGGAGCUGGAAGCAGAGCUGGCCAAGGUGCGAGCCGAGAUGGAGGUGUUGCUGGCCAGCAAGGCGAGGGCUGAGGAGGAGUCGCGCUGCACCAGCGAGAAGUCCAAGCAGAGGCUGGAGGCCGAGGCCGGCCGGUUCCGCGAGCUGGCGGAGGAGGCUGCCCGCCUGCGCGCCCUGGCGGAGGAAGCCAAGCGGCAGCGGCAGCUGGCCGAGGAAGACGCAGCGCGGCAGCGGGCCGAGGCGGAGCGGGUGCUUGCAGAGAAGCUGGCCGCCAUCAGCGAGGCCACGCGGCUUAAGACGGAGGCAGAGAUCGCGCUCAAGGAGAAGGAGGCAGAGAAUGAGCGGCUGCGGCGGCUGGCGGAGGACGAGGCCUUCCAGCGGCGGCGGCUGGAGGAGCAGGCGGCGCAGCACAAGGCCGAUAUUGAGGAGCGCCUGGCCCAGCUGCGCAAGGCGUCAGAGAGCGAGCUGGAGCGGCAGAAGGGGCUGGUGGAGGACACUCUGCGGCAGCGGCGGCAGGUGGAGGAGGAGAUCCUGGCGCUGAAGGCGAGCUUUGAGAAGGCGGCUGCCGGCAAGGCGGAGCUGGAGCUGGAGCUGGGGCGCAUCCGCAGCAAUGCGGAGGACACGUUGCGCAGCAAGGAGCAGGCUGAGCAGGAGGCCGCCCGGCAGCGACAGCUGGCGGCAGAGGAGGAGCAGCGGCGCCGUGAGGCCGAGGAGCGCGUGCAGAAGAGCCUGGCAGCCGAGGAGGAGGCCGCACGGCAGCGGAAGGCAGCGCUGGAGGAGGUUGAGCGUCUGAAAGCCAAGGUGGAGGAGGCGCGGCGCCUGCGGGAGCGAGCGGAGCAGGAGUCUACUCGGCAGCUGCAGCUGGCCCAGGAGGCCGCCCAGAAGCGGCUGCAGGCAGAGGAGAAGGCGCACGCCUUCGCAGUGCAGCAGAAGGAGCAGGAGCUGCAGGAGACCCUGCAGCAGGAGCAGAGCAUGCUGGACCGGCUGCGCAGUGAGGCGGAGGCGGCCCGGCGGGCGGCUGAGGAGGCGGAGGAGGCCCGGGUGCAGGCCGAGCGCGAGGCUGCACAGUCCCGGCGGCAGGUGGAAGAGGCCGAGCGGCUGAAGCAGUCCGCAGAAGAGCAGGCGCAGGCCCAGGCUCAGGCACAGGCGGCCGCAGAGAAGCUGCGCAAGGAGGCUGAGCAGGAGGCCACGCGGCGGGCACAGGCGGAGCAGGCGGCCCUGCGGCAGAAGCAGGCUGCCGACGCAGAGAUGGAGAAGCACAAGAAGUUUGCCGAGCAGACCCUGCGGCAGAAGGCACAGGUGGAGCAGGAGCUGACCACCCUGCGGCUGCAGCUGGAGGAGACUGACCAUCAGAAGAACCUGCUGGACGAAGAGCUGCAGCGGCUGAAGGCAGAAGCCACGGAGGCUGCACGCCAGCGCAGCCAGGUGGAGGAGGAGCUCUUCUCAGUGCGAGUGCAGAUGGAGGAGCUGAGCAAGCUCAAGGCACGCAUUGAGGCCGAGAACCGGGCGCUCAUCUUGCGCGACAAAGACAACACGCAGCGCUUUCUGCAGGAGGAGGCCGAGAAGAUGAAACAGGUGGCGGAAGAGGCUGCAAGGCUGAGUGUGGCGGCCCAGGAGGCUGCACGGCUACGGCAGCUGGCAGAGGAGGACCUGGCACAGCAGCGGGCCUUGGCAGAGAAGAUGCUCAAGGAGAAGAUGCAGGCGGUGCAGGAGGCCACGCGGCUCAAGGCCGAGGCAGAGCUGCUCCAGCAGCAGAAGGAGCUUGCACAGGAGCAGGCGCGGCGGCUGCAGGAGGACAAGGAGCAGAUGGCGCAGCAGCUAGCACAGGAGACGCAGGGCUUCCAGCGGACGCUGGAGGCAGAGCGGCAGCGGCAGCUGGAGAUGACUGCUGAGGCCGAGCGCCUAAAGCUGCGCGUGGCUGAGAUGAGCCGGGCCCAGGCCCGUGCAGAGGAGGAUGCCCAGUGCUUCCGGAAGCAGGCGGAGGAGAUCGGUGAGAAGCUGCACCGCACAGAGCUCGCCACGCAGGAGAAGGUGACGCUGGUGCAGACACUGGAGAUCCAGCGACAGCAGAGCGACCACGAUGCCGAGCGCCUGCGGGAGGCCAUCGCCGAGCUGGAGCGCGAGAAGGAGAAGCUCCAGCAGGAGGCCAAACUGCUGCAGCUGAAGUCGGAGGAGAUGCAGACGGUGCAGCAGGAACAGCUGCUGCAGGAGACACAGGCCCUGCAGCAGAGCUUCCUCUCCGAGAAGGACAGCCUGCUGCAGCGGGAGCACUUCAUCGAGCAGGAGAAGGCCAAGCUGGAGCAGCUUUUCCAAGACGAGGUGGCGAAGGCACAGCAGCUGCGUGAAGAGCAGCAGCGGCAGCAGCAGCAAAUGGAGCAAGAAAGGCAGCAGCUGGUCGCCAGCAUGGAAGAGGCGCUGCGGCGGCAGCGUGAGGCAGAGGAGGGCGUGCGGCGCAAGCAGGAGGAGCUGCAGCGACUGGAGCAACAGCGGCGUCAGCAGGAGGAGCUGCUGGCUGAGGAGAACCAGAGGCUGCGUGAGCAGUUGCAGCGCCUGGAGGAGGAGCACCGGGCCGCCCUGGCACACUCAGAGGAGGUCACUGCCUUGCAGGUUGCUGCCACAAAGACCCUGCCUAAUGGCCAGGACGCACUUGAUGGGCCUGCAGUAGAGGCGGAGCCCAAGCACAGCUUCGACGGCCUGCGGCGGAAGGUGCCAGCCCAGAGGCUGCAGGAGGCAGGCAUCCUGAGUGCGGAGGAGCUGCAUCGGCUGGCACAGGGCCACACCACAGUGCACGAGCUCGCACGGCGGGAAGAUGUACGUCACUAUCUUCAGGGCAGCAGCAGUAUUGCAGGGCUGAUGCUGAAGCCCACCAAUGAGAAGCUGAGCAUCUAUUCAGCCCUGCAGAGGCAGCUGUUGAGCCCUGGCACGGCCCUCAUCCUGCUGGAGGCGCAGGCAGCCUCAGGCUUCCUGCUGGACCCUGUGCAGAACCGGCGGCUGACUGUCAACGAGGCUGUGAAGGAGGGCGUGGUGGGCCCCGAGCUACACCACAAGCUGCUGUCGGCCGAGCGUGCCGUCACCGGCUACACCGACCCCUACACUGGGCAGCCCAUCUCCCUCUUCCAGGCCAUGCAGAAGGGCCUCAUCGUGCGGGAGCACGGCAUCCGCCUGCUGGAGGCCCAGAUCGCCACGGGCGGUGUCAUCGACCCCGUGCACAGCCACCGCGUGCCUGUGGACGUGGCCUACCAGCGUGGCUACUUUGACGAGGAGAUGAACCGCAUCCUGGCGGACCCCAGUGAUGACACCAAGGGCUUCUUCGACCCCAACACGCACGAGAACCUCACGUACCUACAGCUACUGGAGCGCUGCGUGGAGGACCCCGAGACAGGCCUGCGCCUUCUACCACUCACAGAUAAGGCUGCCAAGGGAGGGGAGCUCGUCUACACAGACUUGGAGGCCCGAGACGUCUUUGAGAAGGCCACCGUCUCCGCACCGUUUGGCAAGUUCCAGGGCAAGACUGUGACCAUCUGGGAGAUCAUCAACUCCGAAUACUUCACAGCGGAGCAGCGGCGGGACCUGCUGCGGCAGUUCCGCACGGGCCGGAUCACGGUGGAGAAGAUCAUCAAGAUCAUCAUCACGGUGGUGGAGGAGCAGGAGCAGAAGGGCCAGCUCUGCUUCGAGGGUUUGCGCAGCCUGGUGCCAGCUGCCGAGCUGCUGGAGAGCAGUGUCAUCAACCGUGAGCUCUACCACCAGCUGCAGCGGGGUGAGCGCUCUGUGCGAGAGGUGGCCGAGGUGGAUGCUGUGCGGCGGGCCCUGCGGGGUGCCGGCAUCAUUGCGGGUGUGUGGCUGGAGGAGGCGGGGCAGAAGCUGAGCCUCUAUGACGCUCUGAAGAAAGAUCUGCUGCCCUCCGACAUGGCUGUGGCCCUGUUGGAGGCCCAGGCUGGCACCGGGCACAUCAUUGACCCCUCCACCAGCGCCCGGCUGACUGUGGAUGAGGCGGUGCGUGCCGGCCUGGUGGGCCCUGAGCUUCACGAGAAGUUGCUGUCAGCCGAGAAGGCUGUGACGGGGUACAGGGACCCUUACACAGGGCAGAGUGUCUCCCUGUUCCAGGCCCUGAAGAAGGGCCUUAUUCCCCGGGAGCAGGGCCUGCGCCUCUUGGACGCCCAGCUGUCCACGGGCGGCGUCGUGGAUCCCAGCAAGAGUCACCGUGUACCAAUGGAUGUCGCCUGUGCCCGAGGCUGCCUGGAUGAGGAGACCAGCAGGGCCCUGUCAGCACCCAGGGUUGACACCAAGGCCUACCGUAACCCCAGCACAGGGGAGCCGGUCACCUACAAUGAGCUCCAGCAGCGGUGCCGGCCCGACCAGCUGACCGGGCUCAGCCUGUUGCCGCUCUCGGAGAAGGCCGCUCGGGCCCGGCAGGAGGAGCUCUACUCGGAGCUGCAGGCCCGCGAGACCUUUGAGAAGACCCCAGUCGAGGUCCCCGUGGGUGGCUUCAAGGGCAGGACGGUGUCAGUGUGGGAGCUCAUCAGCUCUGAGUACUUCACGGCGGAGCAGCGGCAGGAGCUGCUGCGUCAGUUCCGCACAGGGAAGGUCACCGUGGAGAAGGUCAUCAAGAUCCUCAUCACCAUCGUGGAGGAAGUGGAGACGCAGCGGCAGGAGAGGCUGUCCUUCAGUGGCCUCCGUGCCCCUGUGCCAGCCAGCGAGCUCCUGGCUUCCGGGGUCCUCAGCAGAGCCCAGUUUGAGCAGCUCAAGGAUGGCAAGACCACGGUCAAGGACCUCUCGGAGCUGGGCUCUGUGCAGACGCUGCUGCAGGGCAGUGGCUGCCUCGCUGGCAUCUACCUGGAGGAAGCCAAGGAGAAGGUGUCCAUCUACGAGGCCAUGCGCCGGGGCCUGCUGAGACCCAGCACAGCCGCGCUCCUGUUGGAGGCGCAGGCGGCCACUGGCUUCCUGGUGGACCCUGUGCGGAACCAGCGCCUAUACGUCCACGAGGCCGUAAAGGCGGGUGUGGUGGGCCCUGAGCUGCAUGAGCAGCUGCUGUCGGCCGAGAAGGCUGUGACCGGCUAUAGAGAUCCCUACUCGGGCAGCACCAUCUCCCUCUUCCAGGCCAUGCAGAAGGGCCUGGUCCUCCGGCAGCACGGCAUCCGCCUGCUGGAGGCCCAGAUUGCCACGGGUGGCAUCAUCGACCCCGUGCACAGCCACCGUGUGCCCGUGGACGUGGCCUACCAGCGUGGCUACUUCGACCAGGAGAUGAACCGCGUCCUGGCAGACCCCAGCGACGACACCAAGGGCUUCUUCGACCCCAACACGCAUGAGAACCUCACGUACCGGCAGCUACUGGAGCGCUGUGUGGAGGACCCCGAGACGGGCCUGCGCCUCUUGCCAUUGAAAGGGGCGGAGAAGGCCGAGGUGGUGGAGACCACGCAGGUAUACACCGAGGAGGAGACACGAAGGGCAUUCGAGGAGACACAGAUCGACAUUCCUGGCGGCGGCAGCCACGGCGGCUCCACCAUGUCCCUGUGGGAGGUGAUGCAGUCGGACCUGAUCCCCAAGGAGCAGCGCGCCCAGCUGAUGGCUGACUUCCAGGCCGGCCGGGUGACCAAGGAGCGUAUGAUCAUCAUCAUUAUCGAGAUCAUCGAGAAAACAGAGAUCAUCCGCCAGCAGGGCCUGGCCUCCUAUGACUACGUGCGCCGCCGCCUCACGGCCGAGGACCUAUACGAGGCUCGGAUCAUCUCUCUCGAGACCUACAACCUGCUCCGGGAGGGCACCAGGAGCCUCCGCGAGGUCCUCGAGGCGGAGUCCGCCUGGCGCUACCUCUAUGGCACCGGUUGUGUGGCCGGUGUCUUUCUGCCAGGCUCCAGGCAGACACUGAGCAUCUACCAGGCCCUGAAGAAAGGGCUGCUCAGUGCCGAGGUAGCCCGCCUGCUGCUGGAGGCACAGGCAGCCACGGGCUUCCUGCUGGACCCGGUGAAGGGCGAGCGGCUGACCGUGGAUGAGGCUGUGCGGAAGGGCCUGGUGGGGCCUGAGCUGCACGACCGCCUGCUCUCAGCGGAGCGGGCGGUCACUGGCUACCGCGACCCCUACACCGAGCAGACCAUCUCACUCUUCCAGGCCAUGAAGAAGGAUCUGAUCCCUGCUGAGGAGGCCCUGCGGCUGCUGGAUGCCCAGCUGGCCACCGGCGGCAUCGUGGACCCCCGCCUGGGCUUCCACCUCCCGCUGGAGGUGGCUUACCAGCGUGGCUACCUCAACAAGGACACGCAUGACCAGCUGUCAGAGCCCAGCGAGGUGCGCAGCUACGUGGACCCGUCCACUGACGAGCGCCUCAGCUACACACAGCUGCUCAAGCGGUGCCGCCGUGACGACAGCACCGGCCAGCUGCUCCUGCCACUGUCAGACGCCCACAAGCUGACCUUCCGCGGCCUGCGGAAGCAGAUCACUGUGGAGGAGCUGGUACGCUCGCAGGUCAUGGACGAGGCCACGGCGCUGCAGCUGCGGGAGGGCCUGACUUCCAUCGAGGAGGUCACCAAGAACCUGCAGAAGUUCCUGGAAGGUACCAGCUGCAUCGCUGGCGUCUUCGUGGAUGCCACCAAGGAGCGGCUCUCAGUGUACCAGGCCAUGAAGAAGGGCAUCAUUCGCCCUGGCACAGCCUUUGAGCUGCUGGAGGCGCAGGCGGCCACCGGUUACGUGAUUGACCCCAUCAAGGGACUGAAGCUGACAGUGGAGGAGGCUGUGCGCAUGGGCAUCGUGGGCCCUGAGUUCAAGGACAAGCUGCUGUCAGCUGAGCGCGCCGUCACCGGCUACAAGGACCCCUACUCUGGGAAGCUCAUCUCCCUCUUCCAGGCCAUGAAGAAGGGUCUGAUCCUGAAGGACCAUGGCAUCCGCCUGCUGGAGGCCCAGAUCGCCACGGGUGGCAUCAUCGACCCCGAGGAGAGCCACCGGCUGCCCGUGGAGGUGGCUUACAAGCGCGGCCUCUUCGACGAGGAGAUGAACGAGAUCCUGACCGACCCCUCGGACGACACCAAGGGCUUCUUUGACCCCAACACGGAGGAGAACCUCACCUACCUGCAGCUGAUGGAGCGCUGCAUCACCGACCCCCAGACGGGCCUGUGCCUCCUGCCGCUGAAGGAGAAGAAGCGGGAACGGAAGACGUCCUCCAAGUCCUCCGUGCGCAAGCGCCGCGUGGUCAUCGUGGACCCCGAGACGGGCAAGGAGAUGUCGGUGUACGAGGCCUACCGCAAGGGCCUCAUCGACCACCAGACCUACCUGGAGCUGUCGGAGCAGGAGUGCGAGUGGGAGGAGAUCACCAUCUCCUCCUCGGACGGCGUGGUCAAGUCCAUGAUUAUCGACCGCCGCUCCGGCCGCCAGUACGACAUCGACGACGCCAUCACCAAGAACCUCAUCGACCGCUCAGCACUGGACCAGUACCGCGCAGGCACGCUUUCCAUCACAGAGUUCGCCGACAUGCUCUCGGGCAACGCCAGCGGCUUCCGCUCCCGUUCCUCUUCCGUGGGCUCCUCCUCCUCCUACCCCAUCAGCCCUGCCGUCUCCAGGCCCCAGCUGGCCUCCUGGUCGGACCCCACCGAGGAGACGGGCCCCGUGGCCGGCAUCCUGGACACAGAGACUCUAGAGAAGGUGUCCAUCACUGAGGCCAUGCACCGCAGCCUGGUGGACAACAUCACGGGGCAGCGGCUGCUGGAGGCACAGGCCUGCACCGGGGGCAUCAUCGACCCCAGCACCGGUGAGCGCUUCCCCGUCACUGACGCUGUCAACAAGGGCCUGGUGGACAAGAUCAUGGUGGACCGCAUCAACCUGGCUCAGAAGGCCUUCUGCGGCUUUGAGGACCCACGCACCAAGACCAAGAUGUCAGCCGCCCAGGCCCUGAGGAAGGGCUGGCUCUACUACGAGGCCGGCCAGCGCUUCCUGGAGGUGCAGUACCUGACCGGUGGCCUGAUUGAGCCUGACACGCCGGGCCGGGUGUCCCUGGACGAGGCCCUACAGCGGGGCACGGUGGACGCCCGCACGGCACAGAAGCUGCGUGACGUGGGCGCCUACUCCAAGUACCUCACCUGCCCCAAGACCAAGCUCAAGAUCUCUUACAAGGACGCGCUGGACCGCAGCAUGGUGGAGGAGGGCACGGGGCUGCGGCUGCUGGAGGCGGCCGCGCAGUCCAGCAAGGGCUACUACAGCCCGUACAGCGUCAGCGGCUCUGGCUCCACUGCUGGCUCCCGUGCCGGCUCCCGCACCGGCUCCCGGGCCGGCUCCCGCCGUGGCAGCUUUGAUGCCACUGGCUCCGGCUUCUCCAUGACCUUCUCUUCAUCCUCCUACUCCUCCUCAGGCUACGGCCGCCGCUACGCCUCGGGGUCCUCAGCCUCCCUGGGGGGCCCUGAGUCUGCCGUGGCCUGAGCCUGCCUGCACCCUCCCGCUCUGCAUGCGGCCCGGCUCCCGCCGAGUUGCUGGGGUCGCUUUCAACGCUUAAAGGUGUCUUCCUCCCAAGUGGUGCCUAAAGUUUAACCAAAAAAACCAGACUAAUAUAUUAAUAUAUAUCUGCUGUCCAGACAGCCUGUAUCUUGGGGGACAGGGCUGGCCCAGCCCUGCUGGCCACCUCACCCCCUCGGGUCUCCUCACUCCCUUCUACCUGCCACUCACACAGCCAGGUGCCUUGGAGGGUCCCAAGCUGGGCCCCAGCCCACUCUCCUAUCUUCCCAGGGUCGCCCGCCUGCCAGUCCUAGCUGCACAGGGCAGCUGGGCUCAGUCCCGUCAGUAGAGGGCCCUCAGCCUCUCAGGGCUUGAGCCUGGCUGGCAUUUCUGUCCCGGUGUUUCUAGCGCUGGCCUACAUGGUGGGUCUUCCUGGGGACAGGGGGCCCCAGUCUACCCAGAGAAGCCCCUUCCCCAUGGGAAGACGAGGUCCUGCCUGCAGAGCCAGCAGGCCCGGCCCCCACAGCACCGUCUGAUCUCUGCUUUCCAGCUCACUCCCACACUCACUCCUGAGAGCCCUGGCCUCCGGCUUCAGCCCUCCAGCCUCUGUUCCCUAGUAAGUGCCUUCCAUGUCUGCCUCUCACCCCAGACUCCCAGGACCCAGACCCAGGGGGAGAUGGAUGUUGCAGCUGGCAUGGCUGGGAGCUGCAAACCUGUCCUCCUGGUGGGCCCAGGGCCCCUCCAGCUUGUGGAGCGCCCACGCUGGGGUGCUGCCUGCCCAUCUCUCUCCCAGGGAGCCCCAACCCCCUUUGGGCCCAGGGACGCCGGCCGGCUCUGUGCUGACCCUCCCAUUCCACCCAGCCCUGGCCUCAGCAGCGACCACUCCUGCCUCCACUCUCCGAGCUUUGCAUGUUCCACUAACCCUGGGCGGGCGGCAGGUGGAGGUGUCAGGCUAUUGGUGCCUCUGCAAGGGCAGAACACUAACCUGACCUGGGUGGGGCCUUGCGGCAUCCACCCCCAAUAAAAGCAGUUCCAACCUU